AUGUCUGCUGUGCAGCAACAACCACCACCUCCGCCCCCACCGCAAUGGGUUCUCGAUCUGAAUUCCACGCCUUCUCCUCGGCCAAAGAACACCAGCGUGCCUGAUCCGCCAGGAUAUACCGCAGCAAGCGGUGGGAAGCAACGAAGCAAGGAUUCCAAGAGCGUGGCAUCCCGGAAGCCUCCCACAACAGAAGAGACGGACACACUCAAGCUCAAGAAGGCAUGGGAGCUGGCUAUAGCGCCUGCGAAGAGCCUCCCUAUGAGCGCCAUAGGGAUGUACAUGACCGGCAACACCCUGCAGAUCUUCUCCAUCUUCAUGGUCUUCACGCUCUUCAAGGCGCCCAUCACGGCUAUAUUGAACAUGGGUAACACGUUCUCACGCUUCGAAACGGAGGGGACGCGCUCGAAGAUGCUUGGUGUGAAGUUGAUAUUCAUCGCCAUGAACCUGCUUGCGCUGGGACUCGGGAUAUACAAGGUGGAUGCGAUGGGGUUGUUGCCGACCACACGAAGUGAUUGGCUAGCCUGGGAAAGCGGAAGGGGCUAUCUAGAACGGGGCGUGCCAAAGGAGUGGUUAUAG